UAUUUAUCUUGGUUCAAAAUUCAAAUCACACGAGUAGGAAACAACCCCCACAUCAUAGAUCGAUCGAUCUCCAUUUCCAAUCACCACCGGGCCGGCGAACAAAAUUCCGACCACCUCUCCGAUCCCGACUUCGAGAAUCAAUGUCCGAUCAAGAAGGAUCAGUCUCCACAGAAGUUUCUGGAAUCAGCGAAGUAAAAGAAUGGCUAUCCAAAACCUUCGAAGUUGCAGGAAAACCCGUUCCCGAAUUCGAAUACACACCACGCAGUGUCUCUCACUUGCACCAUCUCGUUACUCUCUCCAAAGCCAAAGACGAAGCCGCUCGUCUCGUCGCUCGUGAUUUUCGCCUCAAAGCCGCGGAAUAUCGAUCCCAAGCUGCAAGGAUUAGAGAGAUUCUGGAGAAUGUAGGUUUGGCUCAGGAGAGUUUACCGUCCAAUGUGGUUGCAUCGGCGCAGGUUCUAGCAAAUGUUUCUAAUUUGUUGAAUAUAAGAGAUACGGAACUUAGUAGCUUUCUUGUGGCAAUGGGUGAUAUUUCACUGAGGAAAACUGGUGUGGAGGAGAAAAGGGCUAAAGUGCAUAAGGAGUCGAAGUUUCUUCUUGAUUAUACUAGAAAGGCUAUUGCGAGGUUAACAUAUUUGAAAAGAACACUAGCCCAAUUGGAAGAUGAAGUAGCUCCGUGUGAGGCUCAGAUGGAAAGUUGGAGCAAUUACUUGAAAGUGAUGGCUCAAAAAGAAAGGCAGUACGUGCAACAAUGUGCCAACUAUGAGACGAGGCUCAACCGUGUGGGCUAUACCCCAGAGAUUAGCCAUAGGGUUUUGGUUGACAUGGCGGAGCAUAGGAAGGAGCUGGAGAGGCAAACUAAGCCCAUCCUUGAUACUCUAAGGAGUUACCAAGACUUGCCUCCGGAUAAAGCUCUGGCUGCCUUAGCAAUUGAAGAUAAAAAAAGGCAGUAUGCCGCUGCUGAGAAGCGUCUUGAAGAUGUAUUGCAAGCAGCUCUUUUAAAUGAGGGGUGAUAUACUAAUGUAAUUUCAAAGCAUAUUUUUUGGGUUUGGUGUUAAGCUUCUGUUUUUAAACCAGGCUUAAAAUGUACACUGCCUACAACAAUGAUGUAUUCGUGCUUCAGUUGAUGAUUGGAUUCAAAGACAGUUGAUUACCACUCAUAUAGAAAUAGUGUAUUGGAAAUUCUGUAUUUAA